UACGAUCAUAAACAAGAGUACUUUUUACAAACGUGUAAUUCUCAUGCAAAUUAUUCGCACUAAAUUUCGUAACAAAUGAUUUUGGCAAAAUGUCUGAGGGACGAUUUAAUUACAUAUACAGCUGUGAGCUAGAAGAAAACGUAGAAAUUAAGAUAGGGACAUUAGAAGGUGAGCGAGAAAGACCAAGCUACAAUGACUUGCUGAAUGAUCCGAUGUUACGUUAUUCUGGUGUUUACUGCGAGGGAUGCUCGGAUCUGUAUGUGUCGUGUCAGGUGUAUAGUAAUGGAAUGCAGAUAUCUCUCCCCUGUCAGACAUCAUACAAAGCCUUCAGUACCAGAUAUAACUGGAAUGAGUGGAUACAGCUUCCAAUAAAGUACUCAGAUUUACCAAGGGACGCAGUAUUGUCUUUGACAGUAUGGGAUAUCUAUGGCACCGAUAAAGUCAUUCCAGUAGGUGGCACCACCAUAUUCAUGUUUGGGAAGAAAGGAACAUUCCGACAAGGUAUGCACGAUUUAAAGGUGUGGCCAGAUGUAGAAGCAGAUCCAGGGAACCAGUCAACAACUCCAGGCAAAUCUAGAGAUAGUGGCGACCAGAUGAGCAGAUUAGCCAAGUUAAGUAAGAGACAUAGGGAUGGUCACAUGGUCAAGGUGGACUGGUUAGACAGGUUGACAUUCCGAGAAAUUGAGAUGGUGAAUGAGAGGCAAAAACGAGACUCAAACUUUAUGUACCUUAUGAUUGAGUUCCCACGCAUUCAUUUCAGUGAAGUAGAGUAUGCAAUCAUCUAUUUUGAAAAGGGAGGAGAUGACCCACAUACAUUUACUACACAUGGUGAUUUAGUGAUUGUACCAGAUCCGGAGAUCUCACUAGAGAACCUAGUGGAGGCAAAACAUCACAAGCUGGCGCGUAGUCUUCGCAGUGGACCAACAGACAAGGACAUGAAACCAGAUGCAAAGAUACGUGAUUGGUUAAAUACAAUAGUUGGAUACCCUCCCACAAAACAGAUGAGUUCAGAAGAACAGGAUUUAGUUUGGAAAUACAGAUUUUAUCUCUCCUCACAGAAAAAGGCUCUGACAAAAUUUUUGAAGUGUGUAAAUUGGAAUCAAACCCAGGAGGUUAAACAAGCGCUAGAGUUACUCAGUGCCUGGAACCCCAUGGAUGUGGAAGACGCACUUGAGCUUCUGACACCAACUUUUUCUCACCCGGUAGUGAGGAAGUACGCUGUAAACCGACUUAGACAAGCAGAUGAUGAGGAUUUGUUGUUAUAUCUGCUACAAUUAGUGCAAGCAUUGAAGUAUGAAGAUUUUGAGCAGAUAAAGAAAGAUUUGGAUACAGCUGUUACACCUGUUAGGCGGGAUUCAGUGUCACUGGAUGAUUCCCCGCAACAGACAGAAAAGUAUCCAGCGCCUGUGUUGACAAGGACCACAUCACAUGACUCCAUUUUAGAUGAACUAGGUACUUCCCCACGCAUCUCUGAGAGUCCAGAAUCUAAACUUGAAAAAGAGAUGGACUUGGCAACAUUUUUGAUAUCAAGAGCCAGUCAUAAUCUUAGUCUAGCAAAUUAUUUUUUCUGGUACUUGAUGGUUGAGAGUGAGGACCAUGAAUCAGAGAAAGAUCAGAAAACCAAAGACAUGUAUUAUAGUGUGUUCAGACGAUUCAGUGAUGUUUUAGUUAAGGGAGGUCAGGACUGUCGUCACAGGAGAGCUAUGUUGAUUAGACAACAGACAUUUAUGGACAAACUUGUUAACCUUGUUAGAAUGGUCAUGAGAGAGAGUGGAAACCGUAAGAAAAAGAUUGAAAAACUCCAGGCAUUAUUACAAGAUUCAGAAGUUUGUAAGAUAAAUUUCUCAGAUUUUGAAGCAUUACCCCUCCCACUGGAUCCUGAUAUAAAGGUGAAUGCCAUCAGCCCAGAGUCAGCUUCAUUGUUUAAGAGUAACUUAAUGCCAUGUAGAUUAGCAUUCCAUACAACAGAUGACAAGAGUUAUAUUACUAUAUUUAAACAUGGUGAUGAUCUCAGACAGGACCAGUUGAUGUUACAGAUGUUUACCUUGAUGGACAGGCUUCUGAGACAAGAAAAUUUGGAUUUGAAGCUGACCCCUUAUAAAGUUCUCGCCACUAGCACAAAACAUGGUUUUGUACAGUUUGUAGAGUCAUUGUCAGUGGCAGAGGUAUUAGACAAGGAGGUGACUAUACAGAAUUACUUCAGGAAACAAGGACCAUGUGAGGGUGCUCCAUAUGGAAUACAGCCGGAAGUUAUGGAUAACUAUGUAAAGAGCUGUGCUGGUUAUUGUGUGGUGACAUACCUACUUGGUGUUGGCGACAGACAUUUAGACAACCUUCUACUUACUAACUCAGGAAAAUUAUUUCAUAUAGACUUUGGAUAUAUACUGGGACGAGACCCAAAGCCUCUUCCUCCACCAAUGAAGUUAAGCAAGGAGAUGGUUGAAGCAAUGGGUGGCAGUACAUCUGAUCAUUUUAAAGACUUCAAACAGCACUGUUAUACAGCUUUCCUUGCCCUGAGAAGGUCUGCCAACCUGAUAUUAAACUUAUUUUCACUGAUGGUGGAUGCUAAUAUACCAGACAUUGCUCUAGAACCUGAUAAAACAGUCAAAAAGGUACAAGACAAGUUUGUGUUACACUUGACAGAUGAGGAGGCUGUUGCUUACUUACAGAAUUUAAUAGAUGAAAGUGUGUCUGCUAUGAUGGCUGCUCUUGUGGAACAAAUCCACAAGAUGGCGCAGUAUUGGAGGAAGUGAAGAUUUUCACCUGAAGACUGUAUGCCAACUGUGAUAAUUAGUGUUUAUUGACAGAAGAAGUCAACAUCCUGUUUUCUUUCAAAUUUAAAAUGUUUGAAUGGUAUUUACUUAUUCAAAACUUAUGGUUUGGCACGUAGCUUUUGUACUUUGUCUUGAAAGAAAUUUAAGUUCUGUAUAAAGACAUGAGUUAACCUAAAACAAUGAAAAUUGUAAAGUGAGUUGAAGAUUAUUUAAAUUGUUUGUAUUAGAAUUAGGAAUCUGAUUUGAUAAGAGUCUUUUUUUCUAAUUUAAAGUAAUUUUUUGUAAAUAAUGCAUUUAAAUAACUAAAUGUAGGCUUUUAUUUCCAAGAAUUAUGGUCUACAUCUCUACUGUGAGCAUGGUGAGUAAUGUUUUCAGAAAAGUAUGUUUAAGUAGAAUAUAUUAAAAUUUCUGCAAAAACAUUUGUUCCAAUUAUAAUUCAUUUAAUUAUUUGUGUCCCUCGCAUUUUUCAUAUAUUCUCAUGAAAGAUUUGUAAAAGUCGGUCACACUGUCUUAUGAAUUAAUUAUUCCUCAUUUUUACUUAGAAUAUUGUCAUAGUUUUCUAAAAAAAAACAACCGAACAUUUCAUAAUUUUGCUUCAAACUUAAAAUACCUAUUUACUAUUAUCAAACACAAAUAAUUCUUUCGAGUACUUUUGCAGAAUUAUGCCCCCUGAAGGUUUUUCUAUUUGUCUUUUAUUAUAUGCCGGAAAAUAUUUUGGCGUUAGUAAUUAUAUAAUAAUUAUGUAUAAAUAUCAAAUUUUGUGUGCACUCUGUAUCUCUUCAAUUGAUAGGAGAAAGUUAAAAUUAUUUGGUAGAAAAGUUAAUUGUACUCGGGCAAUUUGCACAUGCUGGUUUAAGCUUCAUCUCAUCAAAGUCAAGUUAACAAUCCUUACUAUAUAUACAAUCAAAGGGAAAUUACUGUGUAUGUAUUACUUUAUUGUUAUGUUACCUUCCUUUAAUUAAAAAAAAUAUACUUAACAAUAUAUAUACAUUUUUUUUAUCAAACUUUAAAUUUUUAGAUUUUUUUUUCCUGCUAUGAUUGUUAUUGAGUAUUAUUACUUUAGGCAGGGAUUUAAUUCAGUAUAUCACAGGUGUACAAACAUGGUUUAAAACAAAACAUGAUGAAUACAGACAUCCAUACACAAGUUUUAUCAACCAUGUUAUGUUCAUCAAUACUAAGGAUAACAUAAAACAGGGAAAAAUGAUUCCCAUUGUGGUCCUAGACAUUGAUGGCACAAUACUGAAAAAGAAUAUCAAUUUACUUCAUAUGAUAAUGAUGGUAGCACAUAUUGUAUUGUAUAUAUGGCAAUUUAAGUUAUCACAGAACAUGAUUAUGUAUGAGAUCAUUAAAAUAUAUAAUAGGACAUUAAAAUAGACUAUAUACAAUGAUGUAGUGAAAAAACCAUCUUACCAUAUUAAAAUUCAAAUGAGCCGCGUCACGACAAAACCAACGUUAUGUGUUUGCGACCAGCAUGGAUCCAGACCAGCCUGCGCAUCCAUGCAGUCUGAUCAGGAUCCAUGCUGUCCGCUAUCAAUUUCUGUAUUUGUAAUAGGAUUGGUAAGCGAACAGCAUGGAUCCUGAUCAGACUGUGCAGAUGCGCAGGCUUGUCUGGAUCCAUGCUGGUCGCAAACCCAUUAUGUUGGUUUUGUCGUGACGCGGCUCAAAUUUUAAAGGUUAGUUAUAUGAAUUUAACAUGUUUGAGUACCUGCAGCUGUGAGCUGCAAUAAUAUGUCUACAUGGGCAUGUGCAAUAAAAUUUGUAUAAUAUUUAAUAUCUAAUAUAAAGACAAGUAUCUAAACUUUACUACUCUGAAUACAGUGAAACCUGCUCACAGAGACCAAUGUAACAAUUCUAGAUGUAAAAGAGUAGUAUUUGCUGACAUGUGAUAAGUCUAUAUAAAAUGUUCCACUGUACUGAAAUGGGAAAUAAAUUUUAAACUUA